AAUGAAGUCAAGGUCAUGGAGUCUUUAUGCUUUUUUUCACCAUUUUGAGUUAUAGAAUUAUUACAACAAUUCCAUUGUUUUUUAUGUGCUCUCUUGUAAAGAAAAGUGCCCAAAGAGAAACUGACCAAGCGCCCAUCUGCUAUGCUUACAGCUCACUUAAAGUCAAUUUGAUACUAUUAAUUACUAUGAAUUAAUAAUGUUCUAUUUUUGUAUUUAAUAUUGGCUUUGAUUGGAAUUCCAUUUUUUUUUUUAUUGUAUUUUUUUUGCAUUUGCAUCCCAAAACAUACAUUUCAGCAUAAUAUUGUGGUGACCUAAAAUAGUGAAAUGACAGUGGCACUAGACUCUCAAUCCAAUAGCUUGCAAGAAACUACACUUAAGUUCAAGUUAGAAUUGCAUAUAAUUGAGCCAUGCUUUGUUUCACUGCAUGUGUAAUUCUCAUGCAACUUCGGAAUUGUGCUUAAGUCUGGAGUUAAAGCAUGUUUGAGGUCUGAAUACUGUUGUGUGCAAUGUGAGUAUUAAAUCCUCACUAUGCAGGCAUCACUCAACUCUGAAUGUGGCCCUAGGAAAUUAAACCCACCUCUAUGUAUUUGUUUCGCUAAAACACCAAGAACAUAGGUAAGUCUGACCUGUAAAUGACAUUCAUUGGCAAAGGUAAUCUUUAAGAUAAUAAUUCCCACUGACUGUUGCAUUUUUAAAACAUUUCAGACUGGCUUUAACAUACAUUAUCAGCUUCCAUAAUAUAUCUGCAUACAAUUAUAUAAUAUCAGUUUACAUAAUCUCAGAUAAAAACAAUUAACUGAUAAAGGUCAGGUUUUAUAUAUGCUCGAUUCAGGUGGCUGUUAUGUGUGUAUGAGGAAAAUCUGUGGCGGCAUGAUGAAGUGUCUGUUACUCGGUCUACUCUGUCUGGCUCUUACUGAGGGACUCGUCAGAGUUCCUCUUGUUAAAAAGAAGACCAUAAUGAAGGAAAGGGGUCUCCUCAAGGAAAUGCUGAAGUACGCACAGUACAGCUCUCAGCAAGGUUACUUUGAGAGCCUGAUCAACCAAAAUGAUAUGGCUUAUUUUGGAAAGGUUGGUAUUGGAACUCCUCCACAGUACUUCUAUCUCCACUUUGACACCGGCUCCAGCACUCUUUGGGUCAACUCUGUCUACUGCAACAGUGAUGCCUGUAACAGUCAUCCUCUCUUCAACCCAAGACACUCAUCCACGUUCACCAGCAAUCAACAGCCAUUUUCAAUCAAGUAUGGAACAGGCAGUGUCCAGGGGUUCCUUGGCAGUGACACAGUCACAAUUGGUCAGCUGACUGUCACAAAUCAGCAGAUCGGUUUAAGCACUUCAGAGCCUGGUGAUCAUUUUGCAAGGCCUCUUCACGAUGGACUCAUGGGUCUGGCCUUCAAGCCUCCUAAGUACCAGACCAUUGUGGACAAUAUGAUCCAAGAAGGUGUUAUUGAGGAACCUAUCUUUGCUUUUUACUUAAGCAGGGACUCUGAGAGUGGAAGUGAGGUUGUGUUUGGUGGAGUUGAUCCCUCUCAUUACGAAGGUCAGAUCAACUGGGUUCCUGUCCAACAUAACAGCCACUGGCAACUGGUCUUUGAAGGUUUUGAGGUGAAUCACCACUCGACAGGAUGGUGUGAUUCUGGAUGUACUGCUAUUACAGACACAGGAACGUCACUGCUGCUGUGCCCACCACAGUAUGUACACUCUCUCCAUAAAAAGCUGGGAGCCCAACAGGACAGCAACGGAAACUAUGUGUUCGACUGUAAUGCAGUGAGCAGUCUUCCUACACUGACGUUUGUUAUGAACGGAGCUCACCUGCAUUUGCCGGGUACUGCAUAUGUGCUUCAGGACGAAGAUUCUAACUCAAACUGUCAGAGUGGCAUCCGGGCAUCACAUGAGGAGUACAGAAAUGGUUAUCCUUACUGGAUCCUGGGUGAUGUCUUCCUCAGGCAGUUCUACUCUGUGUUUGACCAAGGAAAUGCUAGAGUGGGAUUUGCUACCUUAGCAUAGAGUUAUCCAACACACUCUGAAGCACCAUGAAGUCAUGAUUCUAUUAUUUCAUGAUUAAGAAAAAGAAUAAACCAAACUGUGGUUAAAUGUCUAAGAUUUGUUCAUUGUGUCUUCAUUUGUUACAAAAAUAUUCCCAUGUUGUGGCCAACCAAGUGAAGUGACUUUUCUUUUCUUUUUUUUUCUUUUGCAAGAAUUGAAUCAGGUUUACGUUAGCAGUAGAAGGGGCAACUGGAAAAAUGGACCAGUAGUACAUUUUUACUUUUUUGACUAAAAUGUAAUGUAUGCUUUCUCUAAUUUAUGUCACAUUGUUCAGAUUUUUAAUUUGACUUAUUUACACUGUGUGCUAUUUUUUAACAAACAGAAUGUAACAUAUUUAUGGCAGAAUACAACCUACGUCUCCUUCCACCAACUCCGCAGAUACUUUUAUCCAAAGCAUGACAAAAGAUAAGCCAUUAACAGAGCUGAAAGGAAGUCAGUACGUUUUAAUAAGUUCAGCACCACAACUAAACAUGAGAGUUGUAGUGUUACAGUAACUUGUAUACUCUAAAUUCACAUUUACAGAAUUUGGCAGAUGUUCUUAUCCAGAGCAACUUACAUUUAUCUCAUUUACACAACAGAGCAGUUGAGGGUUAAGGGCUUUACUCAAGGGCCCAGUAGUGACAGCUUAGCAGUGGUGGGAUUUUAACUUACGACUUUCUGAUCAGUAGUCCAACAUCUUAACCACUGAACUACCUCCACCCUAAAUGAGGCAGAUUGCCUUAAAUGAGGCUGUUGGUUCAGGGGUCUUAGACUAAACAAUCAAAUUCUUCAAAAUUCCACAUGAACCUCAUUUAAACCAACAUCAGAAUAAAAUGUCUAAAUAGAAGCAAGAAGAAAUAAUGAUGAAUGAAAGACACCUGUGGAAAGAAUCCAGUCUCCUGGUAUUUUUACCAGUUUACUGAUUAGUGUCGAGCCACAAAGCUGUUUAAACUAUGUAUACACACCGCUGCAGUCUGAAUAUUCAGACAAAAUGAGAGACAAGAGUCUCAUAUUGCUAUCAAAAUACUCUUCUUUUCUGUUGGGAGAACUGCGAGAAGGAGUCUAUCAGACAGGCAAGUGACUGAGGUGACACUGUGGUCAGAGGGUGUGUGUGUGUGUGUGUGUGUGGAUUGACUAUUGUGAUCAUAAAAUGACCUUGGAACAGCAACAGCUUUCAGCACCUGUGUCUCUGUCACUCCACACAUCAGCCUGCUCACUUACUGAUUCACAACAACCUCUACUACAUUUAGCUCACACCUCUUGGGUCAUUCCCCUGAGAAGUUCUAAUUUCAGUACUGUUUUUCUCUUUUAUAUCUUAACAUGUUAAAUUACAUUCCCAGUACAGCUCAUCUUAGAUCAUUCUGAGAUUUUAGAUCAUGACAAUCCUGAGGCGGUAACUGUCUGUACACGAAUUGGGAGACACAAAGAAAGUAUGCUAUAUAAUGUAAAUACCUCAGGGUGAUCUUAUUAAACCCUAUCUUUGUGAAUUCAUUUCGAGGCAGAAAGACAAGAUACACAAUGAUGUCUAAAAAAAACUAGCUUUGUAGGCAGAGCCAGGACACGCUGAAAUUCUUCAAAGGCUCCUGUAAAAAGGAGAAAAAGAGACAGGGGAGGGACAUCACUUGGAUGUUUUGACGUUCUGGGGAAGCAUGUUGGAACAACAAAAGACGGAAUGUAGUUUUUCAGUUUGCUUCAUCCUGAAAGGUCAUUUAUGUCUUGUUUGGCCUGUAGCAUGUAGCCGUGGCACAAUAUAGCAUAGCAGACCUCACACAAACACAUUCCUGGUACUGGGUGUGUUUGAGGAGGACAAAAAUACAUGGUGAAAAAUCUUUCCCUGGUCCCAAAGAAAGUCUACCAGUUUACCCUCGGGGAGUCUGAAAGCAACAUAUUUUAAAGAAUUGUUCAUUUCUUACUUUGGGAUGUACUGUUAUAUGCAAAUUAUAAUGGAUGGGGUGGUGUGUCAGUCUAUAGAACAACUCAAAGAGUUUUAUUACUCUUAAACCACAGUUAUUUGCUGAUUACAAUUUUUACUGUAUUAAUGAAUAGUGCGUUGUAAUUUGUAACCAUUUAUUGUUACAUUUGCUGCUGUGGAACAUCCACAAAACAAGUUGGUUUGUCUUAUCACUUAUUAUCACUUAUGUUAUAGCAGCUAUAAACAGUCAUUCCCUCAACAGGCUCUCUUUUUUUCCUCUCUAUUUAAGUCAAUAAGGAAAAAAAACAAUUGUCAUGUUACAGAAAAACUAGAAAGCUCAAAGUAUUCAGUCCUGAAGACUUUCCCAUGAUGCAAAACUUACUCAAACAAGAGGCUUCAUCCAAAAAUGACGAAUAAACAUCUCUUUACAGAAAGCUUUACCAUAUCAUCAAUUAUAUGUUUUUGCUUUGUUAAAUAAUAUGUAUAUAAUUUGUUUAUUGUUAGCCUUAGUUUAUGUGGAGUGUCUGUCAUACAAGUCACUGUAAAUGAGUUGUUACCUAUCAUAUUAGAAGCAGUGCAUUAAUGUAAACCUGUGAAUUGAAUUACAGCCAGGACUAAUGUCAGAGUUGCUGUUAUACAGUAGAAAAUGAACCAACACCUCCUGACCAAUCAGAUUUGGGAAUAGCUAUGUGCUUUAAAACUGUAAUAAUGUUGCAUAUUUUGGUGCUUCAUCUGCUCUGGAAAUGCUGAUUCUGUUCAUAAAGGCAAUGCUAAUUUAGCCUAGACGAUAGCUUAAGUGUGUGCAGUGAUUUGGCUCUCCAUGACUGGACACUUGCUUAUAGCAGUGUCUCCUCUCAGGCAUUUGGUCAGGCUCGGUAGAUUCAGAUGUUACAGACAUGCAGUAUAACUGAUAUUCCACACCCAAGUGCCAGCUGCAUUGCUGAUUAAAGUACAACUGUCCUUUGCUUUGCAGAUUAUUACAACCAACUGCUGCCAAAAACACAAGCUUGUUAUAACCAAACACAAUCAUAUUUGUACUUAUUAUGAAAAAGCACGAAUCAUCAAUACAUUUGAAUUGCUAUUAGCGAAGGAAAGUACAUUUCUAUUCACAUUAAUUGCUGGAGCACCAGGAGAUGUUUGAAGGUGGCCAAACAACAUAGAAUAGAUUAUCAGCUUAUCACCUAAAAUGUAUUUGAUUUGUUAGAUCACUUUAAAUCAAACACAAAUAAGAUGUGUUUGAAUAAGGUCAUUGUGGUUAUACAAAGUCACUUCAAGUGGUUAUAAGUACUUCUGUUUUAGGUGACUAUUGAGUGUGAGGAACAGAGGUGUGUGGAGGCAUGAUGAGGUGUCUGAUCCUCAGUCUGCUCUGUUUGGCUGAAGGACUCAUCAGGUGAUUAGUCACCUACUUUGGAAAGAUUGGUGUAGGAACCACUCUGCAGUACUAGUAUGUCCAUUUUGACACCACACACCAGCACUUUCUGGGUCAACUCUGUCUACUACAAGAAUAGAGCCUGCUGUGAGUGACAUAAAAGAAGCAGCAACAAUGAUAGUUAUUUGAAAAGUUUUGGAGAACCAUGCAACAAGAAAUCUCUAAGAUGCCACAAUUGACAGAAUAACUUUUAAGAAUAAUGUACCACUUUGUUCUCUGGUAUAAACUAGGAUUAAAAAGUACAGUCGGAUGCACUAAAUAAAUUACACUAUGGUAUGUGGUGAAUGUAAAGCAUGUAUUGGAAUUAAAUGACAUUUGGCCACAUGUUAACCAAAGACAGCCAGUCUUCGUAUGAUUAAGAUCUCAAGCUCCAGUUACACAUGUAUGUGUGACUCUAUAUACUGGGUUCUGGACAAUAAUAGAAUAAGCGCUUUACUGUAGUUAUGAAUAACACACUUGUGCAUUCCCAUUUAAUUUUACUGAACUAAAUUUAGUCUCAAACCGACAAAGCAUCUGCUAUAUGCUCACAGAGCACUUUAUUAAGAACAUUACACUAAUACUGGGUAGAGCCUCCCUUUGCUCUUAAAACAGCCUCAAUUCUUCGUGGCAUGGAUUCCACAAGAUGAUGGCAACAUUCCUUUGAGAUUCUGGUCCAUGACAUGAUUAUAUGACACAAUUCCUGCAGAUUUUUCAGGUGCACUUUCAUGCUGCGAAUCUCCCGUUCUACCACAUCUCAAAGGUGUUCUAUUGGACGCAGGUGUUCUUCAGCCACUGAAGAACACUGACCUCAUUGUCAUGUUCAUGAAACCAGUUUGAGGGACUUUUGCUUUAUGACAUUUUGCAUUAUCAUGCUGGAAGUAGCCAUUAGAAGAUGUCCAAAUUGUGGCCAUGAAGGGAUGCACAUGGUCAGCAACAUUAUUCAAAAUUUUUUCUUUAUUGCACCAUGGUGAGUAACCUCUUGAGUCUGUUGUGUGAAAAUCCCAGAAGAUCAGCAGUUAUAGAAAUACUCAAAGCAGCCCGUCUGACACCAGCAUGCCACGGUCAAAAUCACUGAGAUCACAUUUUUCCCCCAUUCUGAUGGUUGAUGUGAACAUUACGUGAAGCUGCUGGCCCGUAUCUGCAUGAUUUUAUGCACUGCACUGCUGCCACAUGAUUGGUGAUUAGAUAAUUUUAUGAAUCAGUAGGUGUACAUGUGUACCAAAUAAAGUACUCUGUGAGUGUAUAUUACAGAUUUAUCUGGCCACAAGGUUCCCCACAAGGUUCCAUAUACUUGUAUACUACGGUUGUAACACAUUACCCCUAUCAGUAUCUCAAUUUAUCUUCCAAAUGGCCAUAUCUGCAUCAGUAAGUGUAUUUGAAUUUAAACCUGAAAUGGGAAUGGCCUAAACCAGAUUUUUUUUUUUCAUUAAAUAUGAACCCUGCCACUAGAAAUUCCUAUGUCUACCAUUGGAAAAUACUGUGGGGAAAACCAAGUGGUACAAAUGCCAGCACUGCUCGCAUGAUUUGUAAAUUCUGACUAUGACAGUUCCUCGACCUCAGCUACAU